GACCGUUUGCAGUCCAGUUGAAUCAGUGUGUUGAAGAGUGUGUUGUGCAUGUACAGCUGAGAGCAGAAGGAAUCUACACCACAUAGAGAUGGCAGCCCUUCAGUAAGAUGUUGGAAACGACUCUAAUCGACAGAAAUCACCACCUUCACUUUCAUCCCACAAGACCAACCUGGACUGUUAAAUGCGCUCUCAAUACAAAAGGCUAAAAUGUUUGUGGUCUCCUUGGCAAGAUGUCUACAGAUCUGUAUGUCUUUGGUAAUGGUGUCCAGACUACAAGGCAGGGUCUCAGCUCCAGCACGUCUGGAGGCCAUGGUUGAACAGCCCUUUACUCUGAGCUGUACGCUUGUCAAGGCUAAAGGAGAAUCAGUUCAUCAGAUCCGCUGGCUGGAUGUGCAGAACCAGACGUUAAUCAAUUACCAGCCUGGUCAACAAGACAGCGUGAGCGGUCAACAACAUGUGGAGCUAGCGGCCUCUCCACGGGAUGCCAGUGCCAUCACCAUCAAACGUGUCAGCUAUAGGGAUGAGGGCUGUUACACUUGCAUCUUUGAAGUUUAUCCAAGAGGCUCAAGGGAAGGACAGACCUGCCUUACUGUUACAGCAACGGUGAUCCCAGAGGGCAAUAAGACUGCAGUGGGUGGUAAACAAGCCUCUCUGGUCUGUCGGUAUGCCCUGCCAGAGAAAGUCAAGCAGGUGUUGUGGAAGAAGAUUGUGAAUAAAGCAGAAUCCCGUGAAGUUGCAUUUUUUGCAAAGCAGAGUGACCCUGUAAUAGAAGAAGAGUUUGUGGACCGUGCGAGCUUGAACCCUUCCCUGUCUGACACAGAGCUCACUUUAUGGCCGGUCCGAGCUGAAGAUGAGGCCUGCUACACCUGUGAGUUCCACACAUACCCGGAUGGCACAAAGAGUGCCACAAGUUGCCUUACUAUUUUUGUCCUACCAAAACCUCAAGUAAGCUACAAGACCGCAUCUCCCGGUGUGAUUGAGGCUAACUGCACUGCAGUCGCCAGGCCACAGGCUGAAAUAGUAUGGAACGUGGAGGGAAAUGACCGGAUCAUUGGUCAACCUCUGACCACCGCUAUCCAGCAGAGUGACGGGACAACUCUGGUCAUCAGUACAUUGACCAUCCAGGCUGGACUCCUGAAGGAUAUCUCUGUCAAAUGUCUUGUUCAUCAUAAAGGACUGGAGAAUGCCAUUGCUGUUUCCAUGAACACUAAAAUUGGCACAGCACUUACUAUCCUGAUCUCUGUGACUACAGUAGCGUUCCUUCUGGUCCUCUGCCUUUGUUUCUGUUUGUGGAAGUGUGUCCUGCGUAAGGAUGAGACCGAAGAGCAUCAAUUACAGAGAAGAGGCCGAGAAGACAGAGAAACAGACAGUUGAAUAGUGGAUAAUUUUGACCGAGGCAGGCGGAUAUGCUGAGACACCUGUGAAGACGGAAAUCUCCUGUUAUCAUGUUCCGUGCUUUUCCAACCAGUGACACAUCUCUACAUGAGGAAAGAUGCUACGUUCUGAACAAUUUGCAAAUCCAUCACUAAUAUGAAGUUUUCCGUAGAAGGCAUUUUAUCUCAACACAGAAGGGAAUUUAAUUAAGUUAGUAUUUGUCUGUUUUAAUACUGUUAUUUUACCCACCCAGAAGGCAUCCCGAACAGCAACAUAGUGUCGGCCCAGAUCCGGCCCACAUCUGGUACACCUGGAUUCCACACGGCCCGGAUGUGGGCCGGAUCUGGGCUGACACUAUGUUACUGUCUGGUAUCUGAAGCCCUAAAUGUAAAAGUACGAUAAAAACUUCUUGUAUUCUCUGAAAAAAAAUAACUAUCCACUCAAAAAAGUAUAAGAAAACUAGGAAUAAGGUUAGGGCGUGGCUGGACGCCAAGCUCCACCCAUUGGUUCUGCAGUAAGCAGCCUCUUAAUUAAAACGCUACCGUGAAUUACACUCUCUAUUGAAAAAAGCAUAGUUAUCUAUAGUUAUCUUUUUUUCAGUUUUCUAAAACUUGUAUCAUGAUCAAAUACAUAGUUUCUUAUAAUUUUGAUUUUGCUUUGUCCCUUCAUUUUUAAGGUGGACAUUCGCACUGCCGAUGAAAGGAUGUAAGUCCAGUGAGGUAGAUUAAAAACUACACAGUUGUUUUUCACUAGUCUUUGGAUACUAUUAGGAAAUCGUUAAAUAUUUUAUAUCUCAUUCUUUUUUUUUGUUGUUGUUGUUGUUGUUGUUGUUAUUAAAUGAUUAAGUAGACUGAACUAGAGAUUUAGAGACUAACUAGAACUAUACAAUUUAAGUUCUUUGGUCUCUGAGCCCAGAGCAAUGGUGGGAAAACUAAACCAUGCUGGAGAUGCACUCAGAUAACACUGAGAGGUCGUGACAGCUUCUCCAAGCGUUCACUGUACCAGUGGAAAUGCAUUAUCUGCAGUCUGCUGUGGAAUUAAAUGGCUGACGAAUAUUGCAUUUUUGCUGGCUUCCUUUCUGGAAAAUCAUGUUGCUUUAAACAUGAGCAUAUGUGCAAGCCAGUGUAAUAACAACUGAUAAAAGGCGAAAGAGUUUUAAUUCUGUCCCAUGUAUGUUAAAUAAUUUUGCCAUAUUCUUGAAAAUGUGAGAGUAUAGGCCGCACCUUUAAUUAGAAUAAAAAAAUUCACUCUGAAUUUUGUCUAUUCAACCAAUUAUGGAAUAAAGUACUUUAUUUUCCUUUUGUGA